AUGGAUUACUCGCAAGGAAGUAAAUAUUUAAUACCCUUUGCAAUCAUUUUGACGAUACUCUCGAAAGUUCCAGUUCAAACUCAACUGGCAUCUACUAACAAAUGUCUGCUUGUAGAUUGGUGGGAAACUUCAGAGGGCAACGAAAACUUUGAGGCACCAGGUUACAGCAGCAGAGGCGCCUACCCUUUCCCUCAUACCAGCUGCCCUGACAAGACGUCGCUCAGUGGAGCGGACGCCGAGUGUCGGUCCGUCUGCAGGAGUGACGAAGACUGCCCCGCACUCCAGUACUGCUGCGUUAGUACUUGCGACCGUAGGUGUGUCACGCCGCGGGUGCUUGAAACAGGAGACGACUGCGGUUGUUCAGUGUCAUUUCUACCGAUGAACUGGCCAUAUAGUCCCUCUUAUGAUUCAGGAGAAGUAAACACAAGAGUUGUCAACUUCAUAUGGCAAUCAGUGAAAGACAGUUUCUCUCCGUCAAUGGAAGUCCACCUGCUUGAUGCCAGCUUCCAAGCCACCGGAAUAGGACAGGUUGAUGACCUCUGCCAGCUGGAAAACAAUCUGCAAUUCGAAUUCAGAAGAAAAGAUUUUGAUUUGUUCAAGAAACCUCACAGAAAGCUAUUUGUGAUCGGCGACAAUGUCGACUUCUUCACAAGAGUAACUGAAGCGGGCGUGUUGGGCGAGAUAUUCGAGUCGGUGUGCGCGGUGGCAGUUGGGAACGUGACGCUGAGCGACAGUCUGCUCAGCCAGUUCGCAUCCACUGCCAGUCCAGGAGAACCUUGUGUAUGGCGAGUGGACUCCUACGACCAACUGGGCGAUCUCCAGCCAGAAGUGGAGGCCGUAAUCGACGAUGGUAAAUGCCACCCUUCUUUGUUCUGGACUCGAACCUCGGCCUCCACAUAUGACUAA